UUAUGACUAGUAAAAUUAAAUGAAGAGAGAUGGCUAGAAGCAUCUCCCGGUCGCCGUCGUACCGGCGUAGGCGCUCACCGUCGCCAGCGGAAAACCACCGUAGUAGAAGAAGCAGAAGGGCUGAACGCAGCCGAUCUCCUUAUUCUAAUUCUCAAUCCAGGAGAAGAAGUGAUUCUGAUUCUCCACCUCCUCGUCGCCAUCGGAGCAGUCGUUCGCCCAGUUAUAGGAGGCGUAAAAGCCGGUCUCCAACACCUCCUAGGCGGCGUAGAAGACAUAGAAGUAGAAGUAGGAGUGGAUCAUUAUCUCCAUUGCCUAGGUCAAGAAGUCUAAGUAUUGCUUCUACCAAAAUUGCUAUCGAGAAACUAAAGAAAGAGGAGGAAGAGAAGAAAAGGCGUCAACAAGAGGCUGUACUAAAACUAUUAGAGGAAGAGACUGCAAGGAGACUAGAAGAAUCCAUUCGGAAAAAUGUGGAAGAGAAGUUAAAUUCUGAGGAAGUUCAGUUAGAAAUAGAGAGGCGAAUAGAAGAAGGUCGAAAGAAAUUGUUUGAUGAUGUUGAAGCUCAACUUCAUAAGGAAAAGGAAGCAGCGCUUGCUGAGGAAAGAAGGAAAGAAGAACAAGCUCGAAAAGAAAGAGAAGAGCUGGAUAAGAUGCUGGAAGAGAAUAGGAGGAGGGUGGAAGAAGCACAGAGAAGAGAAGCCUUGGAGCAACAAAGGAAAGAGGAGGAACGAUUUCGUGAGUUAGAGCUGAUCCAAAGACAAAAGGAAGAGGCUGCUUGGAGGAAAAAGCUGGAAGACGAAGAAGAACAUGCAAACCAGAUGAAACUGCUGGGUAAGAACAAAUCUCGACAGAAGCAACCUUUUGGAAUUGGUUUAUGACAACAAUUAAUUGCCUGUAUGCUGUAUCCAAAUAAGUAGGAAGUGAUGACUAGAGUUUUGACAAGAGAAUUGAAGGUAGGUUGUCGCGAAGGUAUUGGAAAUUUGGAAUUGGCUUUAUUUUGCUU